UCAGGUUUUCACUUGCAGAAUAAAUAUUCUUAUUCUCACAGACAAUAUUUUGACAGUUUUGGAAACUUUGGAGUGUUUUCUAUCCUAAUCUGUAAAUUAUAUGUUAUUUUGAACGGUCUCUCCACUGAGAGAGAUAGAAGAGAUACACAGAGGACAACAACAAGAGGAGAGACAGAAACAAAUGGAGAAAGAGAAAGAAAGGGAGAAAGACAAUGAGAAUCAGAGAGAGAUGGAAUUAAAAGAUCAGCAAUAGAAAGAGAUGGAGAAAGAAAAGAUGAUCAUGAGAGAGAGGGAGGAAGCAGGAAGAAGAAAGGAGGGGCAAAAAAAUAUUUUGGGGGAAAUUGAAGGACAGAAUGAACUGGAGAUAGAAUAGGAGAGAGAGAUGGAAGAAAAAGAGGAAGUGAUUAAGGAAGCAGAGGAAGAGUACAGGGAAAGAGAAGAGAGAGCAAAGGAAGUAAGCAUGAAGAAACAUGUAGUAGUUAAUGUUAAAGCAAAAGCACGGGAAGUCUUCAAUAGACGUAAAGAGAGAAGGUUAGAAGUGUUGAAGGGGGAACGAGAACACAUAGAAAAAGGACAACAAAUCAGGAGGGAGAAGGAGGAAAGACGGCUGGAGAUGGAAAGAAAACAGGAGAGGGCAAGACAACAAGAGGAGCAGGAUAAAAAACGAGAGAUUGGAAUUGCUAGACAGAAAGAAAUGUUCAGACUAAGAGAGGAGGAGAGGCAGAGAGAGGAAGAGAGAGAGGAGGAGAGAAAGAGAGCCGUUAAAGGCCAUUUAGCUUUAAUCAGAGAGAGAGAGAUAAUAGAGGCAAACAGAAGAGAGGAGAUGGUGGAAGAGGAAAGAAGGGAGAUCCUUGAAAAUUACAAGAGGGGUGACUUAGAGGAGGAGGAGGAAAAGGAAGAAGACAAGGAGGACAUUCUCCCACCUGAUAAAAGUAUCCGAAGGAGAGCUGUGGGCUGGAUAAAUAAGAAGUGGGAGGAGAGGAACCUCAAAAAGAUCGAGAGAACGUAUCAGAGAGAAGCUGAGGAGGGCUAUAAGAUCGUCCACAUAGCCAUCCCUGGACACACAAGGCUAACAGCCACCAUGACCCGGGCAGAGAGAGAGAGGGAGAAGAGGAAGGAGCUUUUGAAGGCUGAGGAGAGAAGGAAGAAAAUGGAAGAUUUCAAUAAGCAGUGGAGAGAGCAGUCCCUGCUUAAAAAACAAACUCAUCAGAAACUGAUGGAGGAGAGGGAGAGGAUGAAGGAAAAGUACCUGGAGCAGAUGAAUCUGGAGGCUGAUGCUCAAAUCAACACCCGGUGUCUCACCACCCAACACAGCCACGAUUAUCUGGAGACAACACAGCCCACUGGAUCUGGAGAUUGCCACCAGGAAAGGCCAAGGAGGCAACAGGCAUGGGCAGAGAACCAAGAGGGGAGUUCAGAUAACCAGCAGGAGUGGCCAGAGAACCAACAGGGGGGGCCAGACAGCCAGCAGCUAGAAGCUCCAGAAGAGGCUGAAACAUCAGAGCCAACCUCCAAGAACAAGAAAAGGCCAGGCAUCUGGAAGAGAAUUAAGAUGGGCAUUCCUGACGUGCUGUCUGCCUAGAGCUGGAACUCGAUGAAGCCACAGUUCCACUGAGGUUACGUUGGUCAUUAAACGUGUCGCCCAAUAAUUCCUCCUCCUCUUUUAGUCAUCAAGCCACAUUUCCUCCACAAAACAUGAUAGUCUCCUCAAGCCAGCAAGUAUCCUCUUUAUCAGGCAACAAACCAUCAAAGGUCAGUGACCCUCCUCCCCAGAGCAGAGGUUCUCAUCUUUAUCCUAAUUAAUUUCAUCUCUGCUCACCACCUCUACUGUCCUAGAAAAUAUCGCUUAAACAGAAGUCCUCCCCUCAGACUAGUGGCUCCACAAACCAGGGUUUCUCAUCUAUAUUCAAGUUGAACGCAACUCUGAUCAUUUCCACCACCUCACCUGUUAAGGGGAGGUGCUGAAAAGGAGGUCUGGGAGGAGGUCUGCAUGUAGCCUAGACCGGACCGGUAGCAGCUAAGUUGCUGGCUCCAUCCCCAGGCAGAGCUGCUCAAGUCAGGCCAGUGAUGUUUGACGAUGUCAUUUUUGUUAUUAAAGUUUUACGUUUUAAUAAAAGCAUUCAUUAAAAAAGCAAUAUUGUUGUUACGGUGUGGAUUGUUUUGUUAUUUAUU